GUGGGCGGAGUUUAUCAACACUAUCACAGACUUUCGCUUUGACUAAACAGCAAGUGCAAGAUGUACGGACAGGGUGCUGCUGGGGCUGGACGCGGAGCGGAGAAGGACCGCAGAUUGGACAAUGGCUACCUACAUGGCACCCCGCGGAACCAUCCAGAUGAAGGGAGGUGGGGCUCUGAGAGAAUGGGGGAGCAGAAUAUCCCUGACACUGCUCAGCAGCCAUGUCAAGAUACCUCCAGGGAUCCGCAGUACAUGGGAGGCUUCAGUAUGAUUUUGCCAAAUCAAUCCAAAAGAGAAAAAACUCAGACAAUUGCAAAGCAAGAGCUAGAAAACUGGGAGCGUUUUAAAGAGGCUAGAAAACCAGGCCCAAUUAAAUUGACCCCAAAGAACCUAGGUGGUGGAAUAACGGAAGGUGAAGCAAGAUGGAACCAACAAUUGACACAGUCUCAAUCCAGAUACCAAAAAAUGCUCAAGAGGGAAGAGUAUAAGACGAAACAAAGAGAAGAAGAAGAAGCUCAAAUACAGAAAAUGAAGAACAUCCAAAGACAAAAGGCUGAGAAACUUGAAGAAAAAAAGCGCCAGCAAGAGGCUCAAAGACAAAUCGAAUAUAGUGGAGACAGGUACAGAAGAAACAAUGAAUUUCUAGACCGCCUGUCUCUAACUGAAACCAGUUAUCAGAAUCAGACUCAGGAAUGCUCUGGAAAUGCAUAUAAAGCCCGGAUCCAGAGAGAAGAAUACAAGAAUAAACAAAGGGCAGAAGAAGAAGCUAUGAUACAGGCAAGGAAAGACAUUCAAAGGCAAAAGGCUGCAAAGCUCGAAGAGAAAGCUCGACAACAAGAGUUAGAGAGACAAAUGAAGUGGCAAGAAGAUAAAUACCAAACCAAUAGUGCAUUUCUAAACCAGAUGUCAUGGCCUGCAGAAAGCUAUGAAGAGUAUGAAGAGUAUACAAACCAAAGCGAUGAAGAUUUGCCUACAGCUUGGGCAUUGAACCAUGACUACAGACAAGAAAAAAAAGUGCAAGAACAAAGACAGUUGGAGCAAAUGAAAGAAGAGCAACGCAUAAUGGCAUUGAGCCAUGCCUACAGACAAGAACAAAAAGCCCAAGAACAAAGACAGUUGCAGCAAAUGAAAGAAGAGCAACGCAGAAAGAGUGAAUUACUAGAUGUUACCAGAAUUAAGCAAGAAAAGGAAAGUAGAUUAACAGAGCAGGAAGAGAGAAGGCGGGUAAAUAAUGCUUUUUUGGACAGACUUCAAGGGAAAAACUGGGGAAACUGAUGCUUUACAAUAUAAUCAUUUCAGGAGUGCAGAUUUCAUGGUUUUAAGUUCAUACAUGAAGAGAUGUUGAAAUAUACCACAAUGACAAGCAAUCAAUCUUUUGCCUACUGCACGUAUUCAUUGAACCCAACAAGUUAU